CCUCCAUCCAUCUAUCCAACUCCCUCAGCGUCUUUCUCGCCCACCAUGAAAUUCGCCUGGAUUCUCGCCGCCCUCUCCACCACGGCCUGGGCCGCGGCCGUCGAGAACGAGCCAGCCCACGAGAAACGAGCCAACCCAACCGGCGACGAAAUUAACUGGUCUUCUCUAGGAAAUGCCAUCCACUCCCUCCACCUCCAAAUCCCCACCCAAACCGCCCACCUCGAGAACAUCGAACCGCCUCCACGCUCUCUCAUCCCGCAGAUCGUCUCCGCGCUGCCCCCCACAGCCCUCGCGGCCCUGGUGAUGCCGGCCCAGCGCGCCUCGCUCGCCAGCGACUUCAAGGCGGGCAAGACGCCCGACUGGUACGGCAGCCUGCCGACGGACGUGAAGAGCUACCUGUCUGUCGUGAAGAGCCAGAUCGCAGACGGGGCGCUGACGGCGGCGCCGAAGAAGGCGGCCGCGCAGACGGAGCCGGCCAGUGCGGAUGCGUCGAGCACGGGCACGGGCGGCGCUGCGUCGUCGACUUCCUCGGGGGCGGCGGCCGGAGGGGCGAAGCCGACGGGCCUGGUGAUGGGGGGUAUGGGGGCGUUGGGGGUGCUGGGGGUUGCGUUGGCGUUGUAG